AUGUCCGCACCUGCUACCGACGAUGAGGCGCUGCCGCCAUCGCUGGUUGCUCCAGGUUUAUACCUUGGCACUGCAGAGCAUGCACGCUGCCGUUGUGCCCUGCACGAGUACGAGCGCCCACUGGAUCCCUCUGAGGGCUGUGUGCCCAUCAGGGCCAUCAUCAACGUCAGCGCCACCGAGCCUAACCAUUUUGCCAAUGCGAACUCAGCGGAAGCCGAGCUGGAUGAUGAUGAGCGCUCUUUAUGCUUCCAGUACCACCGCUGCAUUCCCGAAGAUGGGGAGGCUCUGGUGCAAGCGGCAUGCUUUGCCGAGCAGCAGUUGAGAGCCAAGCGGCCAGUAUUGGUGCAUGAAGGUGCAGAGCAGAGCGGGCAGGCAUCGGCUGUGAUAGCGGCUCUUCUUGUCCGACAACAGUGGACUGCGGCGGAAGCGGUGAAGGCAGUCCACGGAAGGCGACCGUGCGCUUCCCCGAGCUCCGCAGUGCUUGGAUCGCUUGGUUGUGCUGCCUCCAGCUUCAGCGGAGGUGGUUGA